CUUGUUCUGCCGUCUGUGAGAUUGGUGGGAAGAAGUGUCAAUCGUUCCGGUUCCGCCCCGUGAGAUAAGGCAGGGGUGUCUUCAGAUGACAUCAUUAGACUAAACUUUGCAACAUGGCGACAGAUCACACUGAUGAGGUGGAGGCAAUGGAAAAAGCGAACCUAACUUCCCAUCCAGGAUUUAGCAACGAUAAGUAUUCUCUGCUUGUCAUAGUCGGAGAGCACAGUCGGACGGGAUUUGUGGAUUUCGUGGUUGCAGAGAUUGAACGAGGCGUUCGCUCGUGGGAUGUGGACCUGAAGGCCUGCAACCUGGACGAGCAGCUCAAGCUCUUCAUCUCCAGACACUCCGCCUUAUUCUCAGACGAGGUCAAAGGCCAGAGGACUCUGCAGCACAGCGGUGAUGUUUUGGACACCCAGGUGGUUGUGAAUCCGUCCCAUGUUCUGGUUUCCUCUGAGGUCCGUAGGCUGGUCUCUGACGUGUCUCGCCACAAGCUGCUGAUUCUUGCAGGGCAGUGUGUCGAGCAGUCAGGUGACCUUGUGCUGCAGACCGGGAGCUUUUCUCUUGAUGACUUCAUUCAGAUAUUUGCAGAUGAAGAGAUUGGUGAGCUGCUGAGCUCUGCAGACCCAACACAAAAAGCAACGCUGACCUUGAGCUGUCCCAACACGGGGACGUGGAAGAACUCGGUGCUGGAGAAGCACAACCUACAGGACUUCAUUGAGAUCAAGAUCAACCCCCAGGCCACGCUGCCCGCGAUGGAGGGCCUGCAGGAGUUCACGGAGUACCUCUCGGAGUCCCUGGAGCCUCAGUCGCCUUUCGAGCUCCUCGAGCCUCCGGGCACCGUGGGCUUCCUCAAGCUCUCGCGCCCGUGUUGCUACAUCUUUCCAGGGGGGAGAGGUGACUCAGCCUUUUUUGCGGUUAACGGAUUUAAUGUUUUGGUGAACGGAGGAUCGGAUUCACGCUCUUGCUUCUGGAAGUUGGUCAGGCAUUUGGAUCGAGUGGACUCCAUGUUACUCACUCACAUUGGCGUAGACAACCUCCCUGGUGUCAACAGCCUCCUCCAAAGAAAAGUGGCUGAGCUCAAGGAGGAACAGUGCAGUGGAAGUAACGAGGACUGGCUGAAAAAUUUGACUUCUCCGGAAAUCGGGGUGGUGUUCCUGAACGCCCCUGAGAGACUAAAAACACUCCAAGGAGACCCAAAAGUACUCAGGAGCUGUGACCAGGCAGCACUCACCUUACGGCAUCUGGAAAAGUUGUCCAUCACUUCAGAACCACUCUCCCGCGCCAACGGCCCAAUGAUUGAACCGGUCAUCCUCUUCCAGAAGAUGGGAGUCGGUCGGCUGGAGCUCUACGUGUUGAACCCAGUCAAAGGGAGCAAAGAUCUCGAGGCGCUAAUGCAGUCUUGGCCAAACAAUGGUGCCAACCUAAAGGGCUCUGACCUGCCUUUGCCCUGCCUUGCCUCCAUCUGUGCUCUUCUGGUUUGGCACCCUGCCAGCCCUCAGGAGAAGAUCAUUCGGGUCCUCUUCCCCGGGUGCACGCCGCAGAGCAAAAUUCUGGAAGGGUUCGAAAAACUGAAGCACCUGGACUUCCUCAAGCACCCUGUUGUGAGUUUGAAGGACCUCGAAACGUCCAAGCUGGAUAAACAGCCAAAGCGUGCUGAAAGCAAAGAAAGCCUCAAGUCCCUUCCCAGGGACACAAGACCUGCAAGUGCCUCUCUGAAGGAUAAAUUAGCCCGUAGUGAUGUCAAAAAGCUGGACCCUAAGACCAAGACCAAAGCUACAAGCGAAGCCGCAUCUAAGGAUGGAAAGGAAGAAGACAAGGCAAAACCAAGAGACAGUGAGGUUAAACUAAAGCUGCACAAGGUGGAAAAACCUGUGACAAAGAAAGACGAAAAGCAAGAGGUACGUAAGAAGGAAGAAAAGCCAUUGGCCAAGAAAGAAGAGGGCAUGGAGAAGAAGAGGGAGGUGGUCAGAAAGGACCUUAGUUUGAAACCAAAGAAGGACCUGAAACCCGAAACAAAGAAAGAAAUUAAAAAGGAAGUCAAAGCAGAAGAAAAGAAACCAACCAAGGCCCCUAGUAAGGAUGUCAAGAAGGUUUCGAUGGGGGCCGCAGCAUCAGCAGCUGCUGACACCAAAAAGACCACUGUUAGGAAUGGAUCCCUGAAAAAGGAUUUGAGUGCUCUUAAGAAAGAAUCGGCGAAUAAGGGGGCAAAGUCCAAGCCUGACAAAAAAGAUCAGGGAGGUCCAGUGGUCCCCUCUUCGUCGGAGGGGAAUGCAGAUCGCUCCAAAAUGUCCACGCCAGAAGACAUGACUGAAGAGUUUGAGAAGCUGAAAUUGGAAAAUGAGCAAAGCUCAGUGAACACUACAACAGGAAGUGAAGCUAAACAGUUGACGGGGUCAAACAAAGUGAAUGGCCUAGGAGCAGGCGCUCACACUGUGGAAAGCCCAGAUAAAUGUAGACCCAUGGACACACUGCCCCCUCCUGGCCAGGCAGCAGAUCCCACCUCGCCUCUCGCCAAGACGCCAAAGAGUGAGCGCAGCGUCAACUUCGACCUGACGCCGACCGAACACAGGAACGGUCCAGAAGAUGGCUGUGUGAGCUCCGAGGAGAAAACGCUGGAGAUGGUCUCCCCUCCUGGCUCGGGUCAGAACAGCGCAGGGCAUACACCUUUCCACCGGUCCCCCGAAGACGACGCACAGUGCUCUGGUGAGGACAGCAGUUUAGGCGCGAAAGUGCCCAGUCUCAGUUUAGAGGACAGCCACGUCUUGGGGUCCAACAAGACCUCGGACGCAGGCUGCUCGAGAAGCAACCUGGAGAACAACUCCACCUCCUCUCAGGACAAGCAGUCCAGCUUCCUCACCCUCAGCUCCUUCAACAUGAUGGCCGACGCCCCCUCAUUCACGUCCUUGCCUGCUGAGAUCGGUUCCCCACAUUCCACAGAGGUUGACGAGUCCUUAUCUGUGUCCUUUGAGCAAGGUUUCCCGCCAGCCUGUGACUCACCCAGAUCAGAUAUGGGAGACAGGACCUUCUCAAAUGGCCACCUAGUGGAUCCCGAUUCUAAAGCCGGCAUGUCUCUUCCCCUGAAAGCUUGUCAUAACAUGCGCUCAUCGGGAGACGGGUCUGAGGAACGCGCCUCUGGUCCUCAGGGACUGUUACUCGACAUCCCUCCACACGAUGUGGACCUGUGCCUGGUCUCACCCUGUGAGUUCAAGCACCACAAGUCUCCCGAGGGCCAGCCACAGAGCCUAACUCCAGGGCACCCUGCCAGUCCUCAUGAUCUCUCUGAGGAGAGUAGUGACCUCACGCAGGAGCUGGUCAAGCCUUUGUGCAGCAACAGCAAUAACAACCAGCAUACACCCCAGAGCCAGGGCACACCGCCGACAUCAGCCAGCGAUUCUCUAACCACGGGCACAGACUCGGAUGUGCCCCCGGUCACCGGAGACUGCCCCUCUAUCAGCGAAGAUGGUGCCUUGGACUCAGACGAGGAUGACUCGGGCGACAUCUUCCCACCCCAGCAACCGCACGACCAUUCCGGCUCUCACUCGUCUCGUCGAAAGGGCCAGCCCUCGUCUCCAGACCCUCCUCCAGCUCCCAUGAAGGACCUGCCUCCCCUCCCGCCGCAGCCCGGAGCCUGCAUGGCUGACCCGGAUGCAGAGGUCCAGACCAAAAAGAGCCCCGCAGCCAAAACCAAGAAGCCAGCUGGCACCGCCCAGAGGUUGUCCAUGAACAGCUCGGCAGCAGGCGGGAAAGCGAAAAGUGGCUUGGGAACAGGAAGUGGCACGCUGAAGGCGACCUCUAACCUUGACACUAGGCCUGCUUCACGUGGUGCUGUGGGAGGCACACGACCAUCUACUGCAAAGCCAGCCGCCUCGGGCUCAGCUGGCUCCAGGUCCACGGCUACCCCUGUGUGUCUGGAUAUGGCCUACCUGCCCUCUGGCUCUGCCGCCGCCACCGUGGACGUGGAGUUCUUCCGCCGCCUGCGCUCAGCAUGCUACAUCGUGAGCGGAGACGACCCGCUGAAGGAGACCGUCAUGAGGACCAUCCUGGACGCUCUGCUGGAGGGCAAAGCAGCCUGGCCAGAUGUGCAGUUGACACUGAUCCCGACGUUUGACUCGCUGAUGAUGCACGAUUGGUACCAGGAGACCCAUGAGCGUCAGAGGGAGUUGGGCAUCACGGUUCUGGGCAGCAACAGCACCGUGGCCAUGCAGGACGAGACCUUCCCAGCAUGCAAAGUGGAGUUCUGAGAUGCCCAGUGCAACAGAGGAGGCAUUUUUGUUUUGUUUUGUUUUUUUGUUUUGUUUUUUAAAAAAGACAAUGAACGGACCCCUUUUCCCUUGCAGUCAAUGUAGUGUAUUGUUCUCCUGCCCCCCUGCUGGACGUCCUGCUGUACUGCAUGGGGUCUGCAUCACACUCCUGUAGGUAGACUGGUCUUCAGACGGCUCAAGGGGGCAAAGAGCAAACACACCCACAGAACUCGCUCUGGUGAUCGGAUACAAGGUGCACAGAAGUCCUUGAAGAUGUUUAAAGCAGGGCCUGAGGUUCAGAUGCUGAUGCUCUGUAGAAAGAAAGAGAGAAGAGAAAAGGGAAAAUAAACAUGUAGUAAAGUGGGGCUGGGAGAAGAAAGUAUGACAACUGUGAUGAUACUCAACCGAAAUGUAUGUUGAAGGAAGGAUCUGAAGGUCGUAGAAUUUCAACCAGGAUAGUUUUUGUGGUUAUUUGAAGUGGAAGGUGUUCUUGUUUUGGGAGUGCUUUCUAAGAGGAUCAGAAUAAGGUGCAUCUCUUAGUCUUUCUAGAAGAGUCACCCCCAUUCCUCCUGCCUCUGCCUGAUGUCUGCGCUGCACAGUUUGAUUGGUCUUCUCAAGGCAAAGGGAGACCGAAGUCACGCGUGAGGAGAACACAGGUAGAUCCUCCAUAGACAGCCAUGAGGAGAACACAGGUAGAACCUCCAUAUACAGUGAUGAGAUUAAUUCAGGUAGAACCUCCAUAGACAGCCAUGUAGAAAACACAGGUAGAACCUCCAUAAACAGCCAUGAGGAGAACACAGGUAGUACAUUAUCUGUAGGAAGGCUUGGGGAACUCGUAGAGAAUGUCUUCAAUUACUGAAGCACUGUGUGGUUUCUCCCUUAGAUGUUCACAUGGUGAAGGCUAGAGCGGCUGGGGCUGUAUCACAGGGCGUGGUGUUAUAUGCAUGUUUAAACCAUGCUUAGAGUACAAAAUAACCUUUUCAUGUCAACGACUUCUUUUUAGGUUUUUAAGAAUCCUCUGCACAGGUUCUGUAGAAUAAUCUUGCACAGAUGAUUUGGACCAGCUUUUUGCUAGAUGGCAUACAUGUUUACAGUUAGGAUAGCUGACCAAUAUUACAAUAAUGCAAUACAAACAUAUACUCAAUGAUCUCUCCUGCAUAGGUUUUACACCCCAAGUUAUAGCACAUCUUAAAGUGAGCGGUGUGUCUCUAAAUGACUCGUCCCUCUGGUGAAGACCGUAGACUUCGUCAGAUAUCUGACACUAAAACACUUCUGUCACUGGUACUCCAAUCCAAAUGAAGAAAGCACCUUACAAUGCGAUUUAAGACUUUGGCCUUACAGGAGGAGGUGCGUUGGGGAAGGUCUAGUUAGGGUUAGUCUGUGACUGAUGGGUGGUUUGGCCUAUCAGGGGAAGGUCUAGUUAGGGUUGGUCUGUGACUGAUGGGUGGUUUGAUUGGGACACGUAGUGCCUAUAUGUUCAGUACUUGCACACAAAGGGGGGCCUGUCUGUAAACAUUUCAACAAUCAUGUUUGAUUUCUAUGGAAUGUAGGUGUUUUCUGUACCUGUUAUUUUGGCCUUGAUGGAUGGAUGUGGCCUUGGCUCAUCUCCUCGGCAUUGCGUCACACUCCAUGACCCUCGGCAGAUAAAUCUACACGCAUCAUGUCGAUGCUUCACUCACUCACUCACUCACUCUGUCUGUGUGUGUGUGUGCCAUUGUUCCUUUCAUGCUACUUGAGAAGAUUUUAUCCUUCAACUUAUAACAUUUCUGCUAUAUUAUUUUUCAUUUCAAUUCAACUUUGCAUUGGCACACAAAAGUAUUUGGUUUGUGUUCAUUUCAAGAUCAUUUGUGAUUGAUCUUACCAAAACAUUUUAAAAUACCAUGACGAUAUGUCAGAUAAGGUGAUGACUACCAGUAUGACCUGCAUAGGUUCCUCAUCUAUUUCAACUUUUAUAGUCUGAGGACCACAAUUCCUAAAAGUAAUUCCAUCAUGUCCUUUUGUUAUUUAUUUUUAUUGUUUUAAAUUAUUGUCCAUUUUAUGUUUUUUCUUUGGUGCAUCUAAACCUUUAAAAAUAGAAUUUCCACUAUUUUACUUGUAUUACUUCUUCCAACUCUAACAUUGUCAAGUGUGCAUUUGUAUGUUAUUCUGUUAAGUUUUGUUCCUUCAGCCAUUGCUGACAUGCGAUGACAGACACAUAGAAAUGAACCAGCUGUUUUCCAAAAUGGUCCUGGUUAAAAAGUAAAAAAAAAAAAAAAAAACAAGAGCUACAGCAGAACAUCACCCAAGAACACUCCUGCACCAACCUGUCCUCUACAGGACAUGCAUGUUUCUGCAGUUCAUAUGCUGUUCCAGAGCAGUGUUUCACCAUUGCUUUAAAGAUGCUGGCCACACACACGGUGAAUGACCGUUUACACCAGAGCUUUAGUACCUAAAGUCACUCCUCAGAUAUCCUGUGGUCUGGUCUAUCACAUGGGAAUAUUUAAAAAGUAACCUCUAUAAAUCUGUCACUUUACCUCCUUGAAGUCCUUAGAAAAGUAACGGUUAACCAGGACACAUGUAAUAUGUAAAUGAAAGUAAUCUGCAGGAUAAACUCGUCCUUAAGGAUGAUCUAGCAUGCUGUCUCAGUGCGAAACAGACCAGUCAGCGCUGGCUCACUGCUAUUAGCUCAUGACUGCCCUCUGCCGGAGGAACGAAGGUGCCACAACAUUUUGGACAGUCGAGAAAAUGAUAAAAAUUACAGUAUUGAAACACUACACUAUUGUUUUUUUCCCCUUUGAAAUAAAUAUGCCCCUUUUAUAAUUA